AUGUUGAUAUCUAGCGAAGAUUGUAGUUUAUGUCAUAACUUUAAAACUCAGCUAGACACUUGGAAUAUAAAAAAUGGAAAAAUUAUAGAUUACAAAAUUGUUCCAUUAAAAUCAACAAAAGAAAUAUUUGACAAAUACAAAUACGAUCAACCUGUACUGUUACAUAAAGACACAGUUGUACUUAAACAUUUUUUUAAAUCAAAUAAAAUAAAAGAAUAUUUGGAUAAAGAAAACAAUUAA